UUUCAUUUUUUUCAAAAAAAAAAUAUCGAUUUAACGAAUAAACGAUUGGUCAAAGAAAUUGUGAUUUAUUUUUAAAAUAAAAACCAAUCAAACAAACCACUGGUCAACACAAAUCACAUUGUCAUCGUAUCCGUGGUCUUACCAUUAAAUCAUUCAACUUGUUGUGUCACACAUAAUUGUCAUUUUGUGUUUGUCUGUGUGUGGGUGGGUGUGUGUAUGAUUGUGUCUUUGUUUUCUGGUUUUUUGUUUCGACAAAUAUACCUAAUCAUAAUUAAAGAGUUUGAUAUUGAGAGAAAAAAAAAGAGAAAAAAAGAUUUUGAUAUCAAUAUAUUUAUCGGAUAUAAAAAAAACCGAUUUAUUGGAUGAAACCAGUGAAACUAAAAAUCUUAAUAAGUGGAUGUGUCAUAAGCAUUUUGGCCAUAUAAUUACAACAAUAUAUACACGAUAAUCAUACGUUUGUCAUCAUCAAUCAAUACAAUCAUUAUUUGAUUAUGGAUCGGUUACUAUCGAUCAUAGUGAUUGCCAUAUUAUUACCUGCUACAAUUUCGUUUGCAUAUUCAGUUCCACCACCAUUAACCGAUGGUAAUGAUGUUGAAACGAAUCGAGUUCUGGAACAAUUCAUAUGGAAAAAAAUAAUUAGUGCACCAACAGAUCCAAAAAAAGCGUAUCAAGAAUUACGAUCAUCAUUGGAUGCGAUCUCUCAACGUAAUGACGAUCACAUUCAAUUACCUGAAUCGUUGUACAUGUUAAGAAAAUCAGUUAUGCAACCUCGAUCAUUGAGACGUCGAUCAUCGUAUCCAUCGCCUGCAUCGAAUGAAUCGGCCAUUCCAUCCACAUCGGAAACUAGCCCUGGACAACAAAAAAUUUUCAAUCAUUACACCAAUCUUGCUACGACCAACAAAUAUAUUCCCGAAUUUGGAGCUAAAGAGCUGUAUCAACUAGUUGCUCCUAUGGCCGGAAAUCCUGAUAAAGAACAGCCACCUCUACCACAGCCGCCUUCACCAACACAGGAUAACAAUAACAACAAUCACAAACAAACCGAUAUAUCUAUUGCUGGUCAAUCGCAACCAUCGUUGAACAAUCGUCGUGUGAUCGAUUAUAUACAGGAACAAUUAUCCGAAUAUCAGGAAAUACUACGUAAACAUCCGUCUAAAAAAAGAGCCUACAAAGCAAUACAACAACAAGAUGCUAACGACAUUUUGUCAAUACACAAAUAUAACCGUAAAUCACUGAAUAAACAACGGCCAGCUACUUCUAAUCGAUUGGAAGAGGAAAUCAAACCUGAACAAGAAACCCAACAACAGGUUACCCAUUCACCGCCGGUCAAAAGUAAAAAUCGUGGCCAUCAACAGGCACAAUCACAAUCUAUUUACGAUAUUCUGCCGAUGCCAUCAUAUGGACAGCUUAAGAAUACAAUCCGACCAUAUGGAGGAUUCGGAAGCGAUAAUUAUGGCAACAAUAUGAUGGGAUCAACUGGUAACAUACCACCAUCGCCAGCCACUCAAUUAUCAUCUCCAUUCGAAGCAAAACGGACAUUUCAAAUGGCACCAUUGAUGGAAUAUAAAGGAUCAGAAAUGGAACAAUAUCCUGAACAGCAACAAUAUGAACCGACAUCUCAAACAUUGGAACCACAGAUUAUCGAUGUUGUACCGGAUGAGCAGCCAAUUCAAAUCGUAUUCCGUUCAUCAUCGGCCAAAGUACAAGUAAAACAAGUGCAUACACCCAUACCUUAUAAUGACGUAGAAACUACAAGAACGGAAGAAAAACCACAACUAGUAUUACAUAAACUGGUCAGGCCCAUUGUACAGGAAGUGAUUGAAAUUAUACAACCGUAUCGGCGAGUUACCCAAGAGAUUAGGCCUGUUCUGGAAGAAAUCCGUACUGUCGUUGCAAAACAGGCUGAUACCCAACGUAUACAGAAAGAUCGAUUGGGAAAAGGAUCAAAAAAAUGGUAAACAACAACAACAACAACGAUGGCAGGCAGGAACCUUAUGAAAAAAAACACACACACACACAUACAACUAUUGUCUACAUAAAUAAGAAAAAUACACACAAAUCAUAUCCGGAUAAUCACUGAAAAAGCAACAUAAAUAUAGUAUCAUUUGUUGUUUUUUGUCUACUUUUUUCUCAUCGAUUUGUCAUCAAUCUAAACCAAACAAACAAAGUUCCUAUCCAUAUUAUACAAAAUGACAAACAAACAAACAAACAAAAAAAGAUGACCAUUAACCAAACAAAUUAUAAAAACUAUGCAUACAAAAACACUGACCAUUAUAUCUAUAUCUAUCCGGUAUCGAAAUCGAUAUUUACACUUUGUUUUUUAUUCUUUUUUUAAAAAUAACCGUUUUUAAUCAAAAAUGUACGGUCCCGAUUAUUAGUAUUGUUCUCAUAGCGAAUCAUCACCAUUCAUUCAUUCAUUC